AAGAGGAGUGUACAGUGCGCAGUGGUAGGUACAGUGCGAGUGAUAGGUGAAGAUGUCAUCCCUGCAGAAGAAGGUGCAGCUGAACCGUCUACCGCCCAGACCUCACGUCCCUGGCAGCUCUUCCUCGGCCUCGGCCGCCUCCAAGAGCCAUGGGUUCGGCCGCAGAAGAGACUUUUCCCCGGUGUCAUGGAACCUCUACUUCGAAUCCAUGGAUGAUGUGGAGGUCGGGGAAGGGGAUGAUAAGGGAACCUUCCGAGUAUACCGAAGUGGAUCAGAGGGCCCUGUGCUCUUACUCUUGCACGGAGGGGGACACUCGGCACUCUCCUGGGCUGUUUUUACGGCAGCUAUUAGCAGCAACAUUGAGUGCCGUGUGGUGGCUGUCGACCUUCGUGGACACGGGGACACACACGUGAACAAUCCUGAGGACUUGUCAGCAGAGACGAUGGCCAAGGAUGUGGGUGCCGUGGUGGAGGCCCUGUACGGGGAGAAUCCCCUCCCCGUUAUCAUGGUUGGGCACAGCAUGGGCGGAGCCAUCGCCGUCCACGCGGCCACGGCCAAUGUCAUCCCCACGCUUGUCGGCCUCAUCGUCAUUGACGUGGUGGAAGGAACGGCGAUGGAUGCCUUAAACAGCAUGCAAAACUUUCUGCGUGGUCGACCAAAGACAUUCAAGUCUGUUGAGAAUGCCAUUGAGUGGAGUGUCAAGAGUGGCCAAAUCAGGAACCUGGAGUCUGCGCGAGUCUCUAUGGGUGGGCAGGUGAAAAGAUGCGAGAGUGGGAACGCGAGUCCGUCCAAAGGAAACGGUUCGUUCUGCGAGGGCAUUCGAGAGGAGGAUGAGGAGGGAGACAAGGAAGAGUCCAAUCACACCACACAGCCAGCAUCACCACCACCACAGUCAGAGGAGGGCGCCCUGUACACGUGGCGAAUUGACCUCUCGACCACGGAGCGCUUCUGGGAAGGCUGGUUCCGGGGCCUCUCCAUGCUCUUCCUCUCCUGCCCGGUGCCCAAGAUGCUUCUGUUGGCCGGUGUUGACCGCUUGGAUAAAGACUUAACCAUUGGGCAAAUGCAAGGCAAGUUUCAGAUGCAGGUGCUGCCGCAGUGUGGGCACGCGGUGCACGAGGACGCUCCGGACAAAGUUGCUGAUGCAAUUUCAACGUUUAUGCUCCGUCACCGUGUCGUGGAAUCCAAAGGAGAUUUUAAAGUAUUUUUACCGGUGUGCUGAAGCAUGCGCUGCACCUUGUGCACCGAGGUUGUGUCCGGUCACCGCAUCGGUUCGAGUAACUUGACUUGGUGUCGUGGCGGACGAUCUUCGCAUGCAGUUCUCUAAAGUCGUGUCGCUCGCCUUGCACUCACGCGCACUGCACCCCCCCCCCCCCACCCUGUGUACGUAGCUUCGUGUAAUAAAAAACACACAUGAUCGAAGUUUAAAACUCUCGAUUAUUUCUGCUCACGUCGUUUAGGUUCACUUUAGGUCGUUGCUUGAGUGGUGCAUACCUUUAUUUGAGCACUUUGGAAUGCAAGGGUUGGUGGGUCACAGAUUUGUAAAACUCAGAGGUUGUGAGAUGACCAAGCGAGUGGGUUCAUGCUGCACCUGUUUUGCAGACAUUUGAGCUUUAUGCCCUCCUGUGCAGGUCUUAUCCAGGUGAUCACAUUUCCUCCGCACAACGCAUGCCCCGCCUCAAAGAGAGUAAUUGACACUCGGUGAGGCAAUCCUAGUUAAAUGACUCAUACGUUACUCUUUAGUGUAUAUGUUGUUAUUUAUUUAAUCUCUUCGCCUGCUGAUAGAUCUGAAUGUAUUGUGUAAAAAAGGUGCAGUGUUCUAAUGGCAAGCACCAAAUCACAUUUGUCCUUAAUAUUGUAAAGGAACCGCUUAGUGCUCAGUACUGUCGAGAGAACAUCGCUACACGUGAACUCAACUUAUCAACCCACCUCGUGUUUUCAUCCGAGCAUACUGUUUUUGUUUACGUAUUGGAACAUGUCCAGAAACAGGCCGUGGCAAAGUUUGACAUGCAAGGAGGGACAUCUGUACACCAGCGAGGGCAUUAGGGUGCACAUUCGUGCAGAGGCAUCUGUCCCACUUGUGAAAACCAAAGCACUUGUAGCCUAAGUGCACGUCGGAAAAUAGGGACGGCUUGUAAGAAGAGCAAAACGGUAACAACGGGGCAUUAAGUCACAAGCAGAGGCAGGAACACAAAGCACACUUAUGGGCCCCAAGGAUGAUAUAUGUGGAGGGCGUUUGUCGAGAUGAAGCGCUGCUAGGCUCAAGGGCAGGCAGCCAUCCCUCAUUAACGGUCUUCAUUUCAAGCAUUCCUGCACAGUAAAUCUAUUAUCUGCUUGUCGAGAGUGUUGCGAGAUGGUGAAAUGGGUGUUACAUUUCAACAGCCGUUAACCUCGCAGUUCGGGCGUUCUAUUUUUUCGCAGUAAGUUUAAUCACUUAUGUAACACCACCGUUUGUUAAGCAUACCUUCUUAUACAUCGCCUUCGUGUGUAUAGCUGCGAUCACUUUACAGAUGCUCUGCACGCGUUCCUCGGUAAAACAUUUUAUGUAGGCGUACGUUGACACUUCCAUACGCGUGAAUAUUUUUUUUCGGUUGCAGCUGCUGUAACAUUCUUCCGCGUGUUUUUCUUGGAUACAUUGCCCUGUCGCCUUCUGGUCAAGAAUGAAAUCAAGAAUAGAGAAGUCAGGAAGCGUGCCGGCCUUUCCUUGGCAAAGGUGUUUGUUUUCUGUAUUGCCGCUGCCUUUGUCACUGCGAGGAUGUUUAGUCGACAGAGGCUGCCCGCAGAAACCUGGGAACGAAAAUCUUUGUAAGGAAUCCGUGAGCUGCGGUGACUUUUCUCUCGGCAAUGUUUACGUGUAACGCAAUCUGAAAGAUGCAGUCACGCGUUUUGUUGUACAACAACGUUUUGUUUGCGUAGCGAAGCCUCUGUGUCGUACUUGGCUGACAAUUAGGCUGCGGAGUAACGAGCAAGACCUAAGAUGGUUUAAUAAAAUAAGUGUACGUGCCAACUUGUGCGCAUUGUUACAAAUUUGAAAAUAAAGCCACAUUUAAGCCA